UGAGAGAGAGCGGUGAAGAGGAGGACAGACAGCACCAGUGAGGACUAAAGGACUAUCAGGGAGAGAGAGAGACGCAAAGAACAAGGAAGAGGAAAAGAAUAAAAAUCAAAGAGGAGGAUAAGAAAAAGGGCAAACCAGGAAUACCCAGAUAUCCAUCCAGCUCAUCAUCUACGGACAACCGGUGUGAGACUGAGUGAUGUCCAAUCAGACGUAGUCGAGCUACUAAGGAGGGCAUUAAUAGGAGGACAUUGAGAGCUGAUAGCCUUAUUGGAUAUUGAAUUUCUGUCUCCACCUCCCACAUACAAACUUUCUCAUACUGCCACACAUAUUGACUUGGAGUAAAAAAUAAAAAGCAGUAUUCUAUUGGAUAUAAUCCUGCUCUCGUUGGCUGAUGUCCUUGUUUGCCUCCAUCCCAUUCAGCUCCUCAGGGGGCUGAGCCAACCUGCAGAGGAGUAUGGGCAGGAGGGUGGCUGACCCAACUAAUCCGGUGCCUGCGCUAGGGAUCCCCCUGGCAGGGGGGCGAUGGGGCCCACUGUGCAGUGUCGGGGUGCAGACGUCUCCCGGACUGCGAUUUCUCCCCUCCAUCAAACGACACAGCAGCCAGCCAACCAACGCACACACCCCCCUCAACGUGACAACAGACAAAACAACGACAGCAGAGGCAGGGGGAGUUAUCAAAAGUGACAGCAACAGUCUGCCGGGGUCCAAGGAGACAUCUCAGAACGAGAUUAACAGCCUGACACAGGACGAUAUGGGGUCACAAGGGUCAGGCAGUGGAGUUUACUGCCAGAUCAAAAGUAUUCGGACAAACCCAAAGGACACAAGAGGUAAAAAGACAGCUCGGUAUACAAAUGGCAGUAUUGUAGCAUCUGAUAUGGUGGGAGGGGUUUGCACUGAAGCAACAGAGGGUAAGGAGCCGGCCUGUGAGAGGAGGAGGGUGCAGUCAUUGCGCGGAGAGGGCCAUCGUACUGUUUUAAAGACGGGGAGUGCUUGUAUGGCCGUGCACGCCACCCCACCUCGGCCCUGUCGAAUGAUGGCAAAUUCCCCGGUUCGCCUCUGCGAGACUUGUGGGAGGAGGCGAUCACAGAUUACACCGUGCACAGGGGCAUGUCGCAGGCGGGCUGUCAAUCAAAUCACAGCCAGCCAGACUCUACCUAAUCCGCCAAGGAAACCGUCCGUGGCCCCCAGCCACCACUCAAAAAAGGACUCAGUUGUGGACGCUCAGUCGAACACCAAAAAGACAGACACAGCAAACACCCCAACACAUACAUUAGUCAAACCGUCUCAGAUACCACAGCUGUCACACACCAUACCAAAAACACACGGCUCACAUUCCAACCACGCAUCACACAGUCAGAACAAAACAAAGGAUUCAAAGCAGCAGACGAGGCCACAUUCUGCAGACUUCACUCAUUACAAGGACUCAGCCACACAAACAAUAGACACAAACACGCAUAACAACACAGACAUGUCCACAGCUACACAUACACAACAAGAACACGCACCAACUGCACAGGGGACACAAUCACAGUCCACUGACAAACACAACAAGGCUAAAAUCCAGCAAGCCGAUAAAAACACACACCAACACACAAUUGUCCAUAUCGCAUCUCAACCUGCAGCUGCUUCCCUUAACGGUGACUCAAAGUCUACCAACACUCCACCUCUCCCACCGAAAUAUUCUCCGAAAACCACACCUUCCAAACCAUCCACACCUGUUGCACAAACCAAAAACACACAGGAGGCACCACACACUCCCAGAAAAACAUCCUCAGAACGGAUCAAACUCAAGGACUACACAAAACAGAAGAGCAAAUCAUUCGACGACCACACACUGCCUUGUAAGACUCAUAUGAAAGCACAAUGUAAUGGGGCUCCGGGAGGAUUGUUGGCAGGACACACGGGGAAUGCACCGCGAGGGAUAGAGAGGCAGCUGCAGAGCGUGGAGGAGAACCUGAUGUCCAAUCAGGAGAAGAUCAAGGUGCUUCUCAACGUCAUUCAAGACCUGGAGAAGAGCAAGGCCCUCAGCGAAGGUCGCAGCUCGUACAGAACUGGUCAGGACAUAAACAACUGCCCCACCUGCCAAAAGACGGCCUGCAUCAUCUACAGCGUGGAGCAUGAUUUCCGACAGCAGGAGGGACGCUUCCAGGGAGUUAUGGAGGCCCUGGACGGGGAGUACGAUGUGCCUGCACCUGCUCUGACCAAGCCCACGCUCAUACCAACCCCCUCCAGCCGCCCCGGCACCAAGGCUCGUGUCAAGAAGCUGCGCAAGAAGUGUUUCUGGUGGCUUUGAGCGGUGGAGAAAAAACAUAACAGCCUUUAUGGGAAGCAGGCGCAUAAACGUGUGGAUUAUGUUUCCUGGGACAAAAAACGUUCUAACUCUCUCGUGGUCAUUUUGGGUGUGUAGUGUGUAUAAGUGUCAUCAAAAUCAGGAGGGAGAUGUAAAUGGCGCUUUUUUUCCAUAGCAGUCAUUCGUCAUCUUUGACAAAACACACCAGGGAUCAGGUAGAAAAAGAGGAAAUGCUCUAAAGAAGGAAACGAGAGC